CUUCAGAAUAAAGGAUACGUCAGAAUUGUGCAGUCGAGACGACAACUUCUGUGUCCGUUUCAAAUGUAUUACUACUGGCUGACUCAGAUUAAGUCUGAGGUUUGUAACAUCAACAGUGAGGACAAACCCAGCCUGCCUCUCUCCUUCCACACUGAAUCCUAACCUACAGUCACUGGGUCCUAAUUGUGACAGUGGAGCCCAGUUUGCACUGCAGGAUCCAGAGAUGGCAUCAGUGAAGCUGGAAGACUGCAGUCAAACACUGGAGCUGAAUGUUAACAUUAAAGAUGAAGAAGAGGAGGAGACGAUUGGGAAAUCUGUUAAUCAUGGAGACCAUGUUGAGACAUUCUCUACAUCCAGAGAGAAACAUCAGGAAGAUCACAGAGCUAAGACGUCUCACCACUGCUCACAUUGUGAGGAGAUUUUCCCACUUCUAUCAAAGCUAAAAACACACAUAAAAAUACACACAGGAGAGAAGCCUUACUCCUGCUCUGACUGUGUCAAAUGCUUCACAACAUCAACUGAGCUAAAAAUUCAUCAGAGAACACACACAGGAGAGAAGCCUUACUCCUGCUCUGAUUGUGGGGCAAGGUUCUCUCGACUGGGCACCUUAAAACAACAUAAACGUAUACACACAGGAGAGAAGCCUUUCUCCUGCUCUGACUGUGUAAAAUGCUUCACAACAAUAACUGAGCUAAUAGUUCAUCAAAGAACACACACAGGAGAGAAGCCUUACUCCUGCUCUGUCUGUGGGGCGAGUUUCUCUCGACUGGGCACCUUAAAACAACAUGAACGUAUACACACAGGAGAGAAGCCUUACUUCUGCUCUGACUGUGGAAAGAGUUUCUCUCAACUGGGCCACUUAAAAAGACAUGAACGUAUACAUACAGAAGUGAAGCCUUACUCCUGCUCUGACUGUGUAAAAUUUUUCAAAACAUCAACUGAGCUAAAAGUUCAUCAUGGAACACACACAGGAGAGAAGCCUUACUCCUGCUCUGACUGUGUAAAAUGCUUCACAACAUCAACUGAGCUAAAAGUUCAUCAAAGAACACACACAGGAGAGAAGCCUUACUCCUGCUCUGACUGUGGGGCGAGGUUCUCUCGACUGGGCACCUUAAAACAACACGAACGUACACACACAGGAGAGAAGCCUUACUCCUGCUCUGACUGUGGGGCGAGUUUCUCUCGACUGGGCAACUUAAAACAACAUGAACGUAUGCACACAGGAGAGAAGCCUUACUCCUGCUCUGACUGUGGGACGAGGUUCUCUCAUCCGGGCACCUUAAAACAACACGAACGUAUACACACAGGAGAGAAGCCUUACUCCUGCUCUGACUGUGUAAAAUGCUUCACAACAUCAACUGAGCUAAUAAUUCAUCAAAGAACACACACAGGAGAGAAGCCUUACUCCUGCUCUGACUGUGGAAAGAGUUUCUCUCAACUGGGUGACUUAAAAAGACAUGAACGUAUACACACAGGACAGAAGCCUUACUCCUGUUCUAACUGUGGGGCGAGUUUCUCUCAUCCAGGCACCUUAAAACAACAUGAACGCAUACACACAGGAGAGAAGCCUUACUCCUGCUCUGACUGUGGGGCGAGUUUCUCUCGACUGGGCACCUUAAAACAACAUGAACGUAUACACACAGGAUAGAAGCCUUACUCCUGCUCUGACUGUGGAAAGAGUUUCUCUCAACUGGGUCAUUUCAAAAGACACCAAGGUAAACACAAGAUCUGACUGUAGAAAAUGUUUUACAACAACAGCUGAGCUGAAAGGUCAUCAGAGAACAGACACAGGAGAGAAGCCUUACUUCUGCUCUCAAUGUGGCAAUAGUUUUUCCCGAUUGGGCAAUGUAAAAACACACUAACGGAUAGACACUUGAGAGAAGCCUUAUCACUGCACUGACUGUGAGAAGAGAUUCUACAGAUUGGGGUGAUCCGUUUUUAGUUUGGGUGGAUUAUUUUAUAUUACUAAACAAUUUUGUUUAAUGAUAAACAGGCUAUGAAUCGACUACUUGUGUUUAUUAAUUUGUUUUUUAAUACUAGAUUCAUUAUUUUAGUCAUUGAUGAUGAAUGUAUUUGAAUAACUGAAUUGAAGUUAUUGGCGGCAGGUACCCUGGCGGUUAAGAGUGUUGGGCCAAGAGUGUUGGGCCAGUAACUGAAAGGUCGCUGGUUUGAAUCCUGAGCCGACUAGGUGAAAAAUCUGUCAUUGUGCCCUUGAGCAAGCCAAUUAACUCUUAUUUGUCCUGUAAGUCUCUCUGGAUAAAAACAUCUGCUAAAUGACAAGAAUGUAAUGAAAAAUAAUGUUUGUACAUGAAUUCAUGCUGGGCAGACACUUUUUUCUCAUGUGUAUAAUUAAAUGAAAUAAACUGUUUUUAGUUAAAUACUGUAUAUACAAUACACAACAUUGCCGCUUUGUUUAUCCUGGCCAGAGGGACCAUAGUUGGCUAGAGCAACUAAGUUAGUGUUAAUGUUAGCUAGCAUGCAAGUAUCCAGGCAGAGUUUCUUAUGUUAGCCUAGAGAAAUAAUAGUUUGCGACAUUAACGGAAACUGAUUAUUAAUAUAGCACCCUUAUCAAAUUACAAACUUUUUCAAAAAUGUUGACGCUAACAAUUUUCCGCGUUUCGUUGUGUUACGUCUUGAGGAACAAAUUGCGGGUGAAUGACUUGCUCGUUCUGCUUCUCCCAGUUUUGAGGCAUGACGGUUAGAAAUUGUAAUACAUUCCGUUGUGAUAUUGUAAACGAACAUCGGUUUCUUUUGGAGCGCGAUUCAUCAACAAUUAUGUAUUUUGGGGAGAUAAUUUGAGGCCAGGAAGAUGAUAAAGGAGGCAUUAGGAAAGGUAGUCAGUCAGAGUGACCAGUAGUGGUUUUGUAUUGAUUUCAUGCGUCUCAGAAGAGCAGAAAGAGAGAGCAUUGUGUUUUUCGGAGCAGGGCAGCAAUAAAAGGGAGUUAUAUCUGGGGUUUUGUUAUAUAUUGAGGUUCAUGGUCUUGAGCAGAAGAUUCCAGGAGUGGUUGGAGCACUAAACCGUGUAGUAGAUGGAAAGAAGGAAGAAAGUCAAUCCGUUUUACCGUUGUUUGAAGAAGAUAAUCUGCCUACUACCGAGGUAAAGUUGCUUUUAUAUUCACACAUUCGGAUAUUAAGUAGACCUUAUGUAGACAUUAAGCAGACAUUCAGCAGACGUUUGCA